UUUGUUAGAUAGAUAUACGAUACUUGUGAUUUGAGAGAAUGAAGUCCUUGGUGCUAUCGUUACUUUUCACUGUUACAUACAUUUCGACAGUUGCGUGCGCAUGUCAAUCGGGGUGGACAGGAUUCCGUGAUUCAUGCUACCAAUUUAAUGUUGACAAUAAACAGAGCUGGAACGAUGCUAAAAAUGCUUGCCAUAAAGAACAUGCUACUCUAGUCGCCAUAGAAACACAAGAAGAAAGUGAUUUCAUUGCGGAUCAUCUCAAAACCUUGAUUUCUUCUUCAGAUAUACAUCAUGACAGUGCAUCGUCUGUGUGGAUUGGAGGUUCGGAUAAUGAUACUGAAGGAUUCUGGAAAUGGACAGAUAUUAACCAGCUUAUUCUUGAGUACACUAACUGGGCACCAGGUGAGCCAGAUACAGGGGCAGGUGAUCAUGACGAAGAUUGUAUCGGUGUGGUAGGUAAACAACAUUUCCAAUGGCAGGACAGGCGAUGCUCUGAAUCACAUUCUUACGUUUGUGAACUAAUAAAUGGCAGUCAUGCAGUUGGAUAGAUUUUGUAUCUGAUGGUCAAUAUUUUCAUUUAUAACAAUAAAAUUGCUAACGAAAUAUCAUGAUA